CACCUAGAGGGAAUCAAGUGGGAGUGGAGGGGUGGGAAGCAGGCGGGAGUCUCUGGAGGGGGAGGAAAGGAGGAGGGACCGCGCUGCCCGAACUGCCCGGCCCUGUGGGCUCCGGACCUGCCCCGGUCUGUGCACUUGCUUGCACUUGGCCGCGGCUCCCGGAGGGUUGCUGCAGGUUGUGCUCCGCGGACCCAGGCUGCUGGAUGUCCUAGCCGCGUGGGCCGAGAUGAUCCUCGAGGAGAGUCCAGACGGCGAGGGAGGUGGCGAUGGGGGCUUCUUGGAGCAGCCGGCGGACGGGGAUAGCGUCCGAAAGGGCUGCAACCCCCUGGUCCAGACUCAGAGGAGCCGCUUACAGAACCACCGGGCCAGGAUCAACCAGCAGAUCAACAAGGAAAUGAGGAUGCGCACAGGGGCAGAGAAUCUAUUCAAAGCUACUACCAACCAUCGGGUCAAGGAGACCGUCGCCCUGGAACUGAGCUAUGUGAAUUCUAACCUGCAGCUGCUGAAAGAGGAGCUGGAGGAACUGAACAGUAGUGUGGAUGUGUACCAGAACGAGAGCGAAGGCAUCAGUGUCCCCAUGAUCCCACUGGGGCUGAAGGAGACCAAAGACUUGGAUCUGGCCACACCCCUGAGGGAGAUGAUUUCAGAACACUAUGGCGAGGACAGCGCCUCCUAUGAAGUGGAGAUCAAAAAGCUCAUGGACCUGAGGCAGGCCAUUCGAACUCCUAGCAGAAAUGAGGCCGGUUUGGAGCUCCUCAUGGAAUACUAUAACCAGCUAUAUUUCCUGGACAUUCGCUUCUUUUCUCCCAGUAGAAACCUUGGGGUCUUUUUCCACUGGUAUGACUCCCUCACUGGAGUCCCCUCCCACCAGAGGACCCUGGCCUUUGAGAAAGGGAGUAUCCUUUUUAACAUUGGUGCCCUUUAUACCCAGAUUGGGGCCCGGCAGGACCGGGGCACCAGGAAGGGCAUUGACUGUGCCAUUGAGGCCUUUCAGCGAGCGGCAGGUGCCUUUAACUACCUGAAGGAAAACUUCUCUAAUGCUCCGAGCUUGGAUAUGAGUAUGGCCUCUCUCUCCAUGCUGGUUCGGCUCAUGACUGCCCAGGUCCAGGAGUGCGUCUUUGAGCAGCUUACCCUGUCUGGGACCCCUCGAGAACCUCUCUCCCAGAUGAGACUUGCCCAGGAAGCAGCCCGGGUGGAGGACGUGUACUCCCUCGUGUACCAGACCAUGGUCCAGCCUCCGGUCAGAGACUACGUGCCCUUCUCCUGGACCACCAUGGUGAAUGUCAAGGCCAAACACUUCCGAGGCCUGUCCCACUACUAUGCUGCCAUUGCCCUCUGUGAUGGGCCCGUUGUAGCAGACUCUGAGAUUCCCAAAUACGAGAAAGCUUUUCUCCAGUUCCACGUCACGGUGCCAGAGGGCCCUUCGCUGCCCGUUCUCCUUCAGGACUCAGAGGAGCGGAGAAAGCUCGCGAAGGCGCACCUGCGGAAGGCCAUGAUGAAUCAUGAAGAAGCCCUGCGUCUCCACGCGGUCUGCCGCAUCCUCCGAAAGAUGGACCUGCUUCAGGAGGUCGUGUCCCUGGCUCACAGAUGCUCCCUGGCCAAGUACUCGGAGAUCGACCAUGAGGAUGACUUCUUUGAGACUGCCGAAGCCCCUGAGGUCCACCCCAAGACUCACCAGAAGCCAGAGAUAAAGACGCCCAACUUCUCCCAGGUGAAAGUGACGGACAUCUUCCAUCGCUUGGGGCCCCUCUCCGUGUUCUCUGCCAAGAACCAGUGGCGACUGAAGGGACCCAUACUCCUGACUCGAGGGGAAGGUGGCUUUGGAUUCACUCUCAGGGGAGAUUCUCCUGUUCUCAUUGCAGCUGUAAUCCCUGGGGGCCGGGCUGAGGCAGCUGGACUGAAGGAGGGGGAUUACAUUGUCUCCGUGAAUGGGGAGCCCUGCAAGUGGGGGAAGCACUCGGAGGUCGUGGCCCUGCUGACGGGUGUGGGAGAGGAAGGUGUGGCUGUCCAGGUGGUCACACCCCAGCGGGAGGAGCCGCUUGGUCUGGUGGAGAAGAAGGCGACUACCUUGUCCUCAGUUGGACUCUUGCGCAGUGACAAGGAAAAUGGUGGACAAGCUACCUUGCCUGGGCCCCUCCUUGGCUGGAACAAGAAGGCUAAGCGGGGUCAGGGUCUGAGGCGGCUCCAGCCUUUCUCCCCCUCAGCAGACAACACACCGGCUUCCCGCUGAGCACCUGCCCUGGGACAUCUCCCUUGGCCCUCUCUAAGGGGCUGGUGACCAGAGGCCAGAAGUAUUCCCUGUCCUGGCUUGGGAAAGUCGGAGAGACAGCUAACUUCUGGCUAGUAAUGGGAAUGGGGCCUGAGGAUUUAUUUCCCCAAUAAGGCUCAGACAGCCCCUGUAGAACCUCAGGGCUGUUGGUGGAUGACCCAGGUUUCUUUUCCAGCUCCAUUCCCCACUAGGAGUGUUGGAGGUGGGAAGAGGUCCCAGCUCUUCCUCUAAACCUUGUAAACUUUAAAGCACUAGAGAAAUGAGCCCUGUUCUUACUAUUCUCCUGAGACUUGGUGAUAUAGUAGAGCUAAAACUCGCACUUGUAGUCAACAGAUUGGGAUUCACAUCCUGGCUAUGGCCCUUGAGUAAGUCAUUUCCCCUAUUCAACCUCAGUGUCCUUAAGUGCUAUAGAAAUGGAAAGGGCUGCUCCCAUUGGCCUGGAUUAGUGAAAGCUCUUAUUUCUGUAGCAUGUUAGAAUAUACAAAGCACUUUCCUGAGAAGGGAGUCCUACAAUUAUUUUCUGUUUUUACAAAGAACAAAAACUGGGGUCGAGAAAGAAGUUACUUGCUCAGUUAUCCGUUCAGUAACAAAAAUUGAAACUUAAAAACUUUGGUCUUCUGAUUCCAAGUUCAGGGUCUGUGCCUCUGCCCUGAGAUGCUCAUCUCCGGGAUGAGACAGGCCACAGUUGUGGGGACUGCUCCCCCCCCACCAGCUGCCAUCCUCCCAAGGAGGAGUAGGAUUUCUCUUCCUCCUCCUCCUCCUCUUCUUCCUCCUCUUCCUCCUCUUCCUCCUCCUCCCACAGGUUCAUCCUCACAGACCCUACCAAGAUAAGAGAUGGCAGGUCCCUUGUCCUUUUGGGUAUUUAUUGAAGACCCAAAAGAAGGGUUUUUAGUGAACCUGGAGUUCUGUUCUGUAGUUUUGCAGGAGAGGAAACAGAUCCAAGACAGGUGACAUGGUGAAUCAGAGGCGGAUGUAGAAGUGGGACCCAGAUCUCCUGGUGUUCUGCAACUACUUACAUUAACAGAAAAAUGUGUCCAAUAAACUAGGAGUAGGGCAGGACAGUGAGAUGGACCCUGAUUCUGGGCAGGUCAGCUCUCUCAGCUUCAGUUUCCCCCUCUGAGAAAUGAGAUUAGAAUUCUUCAUCUCUAAGGACCCAAGGAGUCUUGAGUUCUCAGGGAUAGAGCCUGCUCCCCUCAAUCCAUACUCUGCUCUAUCUUGCAAAACUUAGCUCAGGUAUCUCCACUAAGAAGCCUUCCAUACCCGUUUGAAGUGACAUUCCCUCCUCGGAUUUCAGUCCUUGACCUGGUCUCCAUUACAUGUCAUUGUCUCACUCAUUUCUGUAGAAGCAGUGUCCUUUCAGCUGAACUCCUGGAAGGCAGAGACCCGAGUAGUAGGCACUUAAUAAAUGUUUGAGUCAAAUGGAA